AUGAUGCGAGAGUUAGGACUUGAUUUUUACAGAUUCUCACUAUCAUGGCCACGAAUUUUGCCCACAAGUUUCCCUGAUAAAAUAAAUGAAGCAGGUGUUCAAUACUAUAACAAUUUAAUCGAUGAAAUGCUUAAAUAUAAUAUACAACCAAUGAUUACUCUUUAUCACUGGGAUUUACCACAGAAACUUCAAGAAAUGGGUGGCUGGACUAAUCCAAAUAUUGUCGAUUGGUUUGGUGACUAUGUAAGAACAGCAUUCCAGCUUUUCGGUGAUAGAGUUAAAUACUGGAUCACUAUAAAUGAGGCCUAUCAAGUUUGUAAUCAGGGUUACGGUGACACUGUAAAGGCACCAAUGCUUGAUAUCAAAGGCGUGGCGGAGUACAUGUGCGCCAAAAACUUGCUCUUAGCUCACGCUAGAGCUUAUCAUAUAUAUGAUGAGGAGUUUAGAUCAAAACAAGAAGGUGAUAUUUUUAUGUCAUACAGCGCUCAGUGGUAUGAACCGGCAUCUGAAAAUGACACUGAAGCUGCAAAUGAAUACAACGAUUUUCAGUGGGGACAAUACGUUCAUCCUGUAUUCUCGGAGACGGGUGACUUUCCACCUUCAGUGAAAACAAAAAUAGCAGCUAAAAGUGCAGCUCAAGGCUAUCCUAGGUCUAGGCUUCCUGAAUUCACUCCUGAAGAAGUUGAAUACAUACGCGGUAGCUCGGAUUAUUUCGGACUAAAUCAUUACACAACGCGGUUGGUAUACAGAAACGAAUCCGUGUAUGGUUAUUACGAAUCUCCGUCGUUUGGCGACGAUGUAGAAGCCUUAACUUACCAGAAAAGCGAAUGGAAAAUUGGCGAGUCUGAAUUUACGAAGUAUGUACCGUGGGGCUUACACAAGCUUUUAACAAAAAUUAGGAGAGAGUACAAUAAUCCUCCAGUUAUUAUAACUGAAAACGGCUUUGCUACUUAUGGUGGACUGAAUGAUGAUGAUCGCGUAACGUACUACAAAGGAUACAUUAAUGCAAUGCUGGAUGCCAUUGACGACGGAUCUGAUAUUAGAGCGUACACGGCUUGGAGUCUAAUGGAUAAUUUCGAGUGGAUGCAAGGAUACACUGAAUGUUUUGGCCUGUAUGAGGUAGACUACGAGAGUCUCAAGCGCACGCGCACGCCGCGCAAGUCAGCCUUCGUGUACAAGCAGAUCGUGCGCACGCGCGAACUCGACUGGGACUACGAGCCCGACACCGACGUCAUGACCAUUGAUGAGGGACACUAA